GUUGCUGCAGUGCAGCGUCAGAGUGAUUAGUGCUGGUUCUCAGCGCCAGCAGUCCUCUCACACUAGGGACUGUAAAAUACAUGAAGCCAUCUAGCAGCCCUGGAGCCUCUGCUUCACUCUGGCCAUGGUUUGAGGACAUGCUUCUGAAAUCAUCAUGCUGAAUCCUAGCAGAUAUGACACUGUCAUACCCUGGCAAGGUUAUCAACUGGCUAGUUGUAUUUCCUUUUGCCUGGAUUUUUAGGGCAUGGAUUAGGAGAUGUCCAAAGACAAGACGGAAUUUGCUCAUUGGCACAGCUUGUGUGGUUUAUGUAUUUUUUCUUGUUAAUCAGGUGGGGCAAUUAAAACCCAGUGAUGGGUCAUCAGAGAAGUCACAUUACAGGAGUCUUAGGAAUAGACAUUCAUCUGUGUCUGGGAUCCCUUUGGAAAGGUCGCAGACUAUUGAUAUGGCACACCCCGAGGGCUUGUCACGAGACAGUGUGACAACACUGAACCCCAAUGUUGUAUACAUAACACUCCGAUCUAAGCGCAGCAAGCCUGCCAACAUUAGAGGGACUAUAAAGCCAAAAAUAAGGAAAAAAUUCCAGACACUGACCAGUGGGAAAAAUUAUUCCAGUCGUCACCAGCAGCUUGAUAAGUUUCAGGUGAUCAGUUUACCAGCUGGGAAUGUUAAAAAACAGAAGAACUCAGCUAGCUUUCCAAGAUGGAAUUUGAGGACCAGGGAUGAGGCGGUAACCAUAAGAAGUGUUAAAGCCAGGGAGCAUAAGCAGUUGGAGACUGCUGAAAGCAACAUUCGGAUAUACAGUGAUCAGGCACCACCAUGGUUUAGUAAGCAUGAUGUUAAAGUUAUGCAUUUACUGGCAGAUUGCAGGAUUUCUAGAAUACAGCAGACUGAGACUCCAAUAGAGGGAGAUAUGAUCAUUUUUGAAGGUAACAAGAAUCAUUCCAUGAACCUCCUUGCCCAGAGUGGAAUGGCAACAACUUCAACUUGCCAGGGCCAGCUAGGACUUGUAAAGAAAUCUUUUGAUGUAAGCGAAGUGUUUGCUUUUCACUUGGACAGAAUCCUGGGGUUGAAUAGGACAUUGCCAGCUGUGAGUAGAAAAUUCAGUUUUACUCAAGGAGGACAUCCCUGUCCUAUCAUUGUGUGGGAUGCUUCUUUGUCACAGACAGAUAAUGAAACCCACUCCACCAUCAUGCUGAAAUGGGGAAGAUACCAACGUUUCCUGAAACAGAAGUGCUGGCUGCAUGGAAAAGUGCCUAAAGCCGAGUGGGGCUGCUCUGAUAUUCACCACUAUGAGUGGUCUAAGAUGAGUCUCUUUGAUUUUCUUCUGCAGGCACAUGAUCGUUUGGAUAAAAACUGCUGUGGAUUUAAACCCAGAAGGGAAGAUUCUUGUGUGCAGAGUGGACUGAAUCUAAAAUGUAAUAGUCCAGACAACAUUAGCUUGACACAAAUUGUACAGAGAAAAGAGAACCAAAGGCAUUUGAUUUUUGUGGACAACAAGGGUUUCUUUGACAGAAGUGAGGAAAACUUGAACUUCAAAGUGUUACAAGGGAUAGAAGAAUUCCCUGAAGAAGCCGUUGCUGUGUUAAGAAGUCAGAGGUUACGAGAAAAGUUGCUGCAGUCCUUGUUCAUGGACAAAGUUUACUGGGAAAGUCAAGGAGGACGCCAGGGCAUUGAAAAACUGAUUGAUGUGGUGGAAAGGAGGGCCAAAAUACUUCUGACUUUCAUCAAUGCACAUGGAGCCAAAGUGUUACGUAUGAAUGAAUGAAUGCAGACACAGUCAUUUCUGCAAUAUGAAUUAAAAGAACAGAAUUAGAUCUUAUGUUGAGAAUCAGAGUCAGUUUGAGCACUCAGUUAAAAUCAGCUGUUUAUUUAUGUUUACAUAAUUUACUUACAGACAACUUCCUAUAUACCGUAACUAUGGGACCUUCAGGGGAAAAAAAUAAGAUUAAGGUGCUGAGCCAGUUGCUGUACGGGGAGGGGGUUACUGGGUGGGAGUGCGUGCUGUAGCAUGUAACACUAACAAAACAAACAGACCAACAAGUUGUAAAAGGGAUACUGGAUGGCUGAUGGUAUUCUUUCAGGUGCUAUAGUAAGUUUUGGUUAUUAAAUUUGUUCAAGCAGUUUUAUAGACAGUACUGUAGAUUCCAAUGUACAGCGUGACAUAAGGAAUGGUAUUGAUGUCUUGGAUAAAUUUCUCCAGUGGCAAAACUGUGAAAAUGUUAACGCAGUAACCGCAGCUGGUUUGCAUCUGUAUCUCUCCUGUAUGAAUUAAGUAAAAAUAGGAAACAUUUCAUAAUGUUACUUUCUGAGGCAAGAAAAUCUGGCUUAAGGAAGUGCAUUUUUUUAUGACUGUUGCAUUACUUUAUUGUGCGGCAGGUACAUCUGGGCAGUGACAUCUGUUUCACUGUGAGCAUUCCUAUACCCACAAUAUGCAUCCAUUUCCAUUUUGUUAAGCUGUUUGUGUUUGUAAAUAUGUUCUCGUGUAGCAACCAGAACAACAUUGUCAUUUUAUUUUGUGUACCAUUACUGCAUAAAUGUUUCUUUAUAAACAAUUACUUCUUGUUAAGCUAAUCAGAAGUCAUUCAGUUUAAACAUAACAGAAUCAGUUUCACAACUACUGUCCAAAUAAAUGUAACUGCAGUUCUGCUCUCAAUGUAAUACUCCAGGAAACCAAGUAGUAAAACACAAUUAUUUUAUUCUAGCGCCUCGGUAUAACCACCUUCAAGAAAUAAAGAAUCAGUUUGUCUGUCUUCUCAUUUUCUAAGCUUGUUCACUAGGAAUGAAUGUUUCCAUUGGCAAGCACCAUUUUGUUUUGUUAACUUUUUUUGUUAAAUUGCUUAAUUCUGAUUAAGAUGUUUAUUUUAUAUUAUGCUUUGUGAAGCACUUUGCUUUUUUUCUUGAUUUUGAGAAUCACCCAAAUGUAUUUAACCAGCUGUGCCUUUCUUCAGUUAUGCACAAGAGCCUAGCAUUUUGUUGUACUGAUACAGCUGCUUUAAAUAAUGGGCUUGGCAAUACACCAUAACCAUGGCUAACAGACUUUAAUGUACAAAUAUGCAGUUUGAUAGAAUGUACACUCUAAAAAAUUCUAUUAUACAUAUGAAUUUAUUAUUUUUUGUAAUUUAAAAAUGGUAUAUAACAUUCAGUUCAAAAUGUAUGUAGCAACUAUUAAAUGACCAUUUGCAAGCA